AUGGAACCAGAGGCUGAAGACCCGGGCAACAAUGAUAAUUUGAGCCCUUGGUCAGGUUCAGAUGGUUCCCAGGAACUUUGUGUCUCCGAAUCCUUGGCAGAGUCCUACAGUGAAGAUGAUAUCAUUAAUGAAUACUCUUUAGACCCACAUCCUCCUCAUUUCCCAAAGUCUGACCCUGAGUCCCCAGAACGCCUUCAGUCACAAGACUGGGAAUCUGCAGGUGAGAGAUUGCCUGAACUAAGUGAAAGUGAAGAGGAUGUUUCGUACCAAGAAGAGGAUGACAUGUACUUUAUUGAAUCAAGAGAAUCCAUCACAGAGUCUCCUCAGAUCCAAACCUCACCAGUAUCACUGUCCCCACAACCAGAUCGCCCAAACUCCAAGCCUCCCACUGGCCAGAUAUCAAAACUGCAUUCCCUGUCAUCUUCCUCCUCUCUUGGCUGUGCAGCUGACAUGACCCUGGCCUUGACCCUGACCACAGAAGAGCGGAUUGGGGCCAGUAAUAGGCAGGACUCAGGGACAGGGAACAGGAGGGUUGAAUCUUCAGAGGAAGGAGGGAGUAGUGAAGCACCUCCUGCUUCUGUCUUCUUUGAAAUUUCAGACGAGGGUGCUCAGCAGGCAGAGAAGUGGAACUCGGAGUCUGACACAGACCCAUGCAGAAAGGACCGACACAGGGCAAGGUAUACAAAGCUCAGUUACAGUGAGAGCCAAUCAGAGAGACACGUCAAGGAGACUAAGUCUAAAUGUAAACGAAUUGCUCGGCUUCUAACUGAUGCACCCAAUCCUCAAAACAAGGGAGCCUUGCUGUUUAAAAAGCGCCGCCAGAGGGUCAAGAAGUUUACACUUGUGAGUUACGGCACAGGUGAUAAGGUUGACAGUGAAGACCAAAUAAAGGAGGAAACUGAAGAAGUCAGAUCAGCCUCGUAUAACUUUGUGGCCACAAGUGAUUCUGAUUUAGAGGAGGAGUACUCUGUUUAUCACCAGCAGCAUAAUUUAAGUCUGAAUUGGGGAAGUGUUCGAGAAAUGGAAGCACUACCAGAAACUAAAGGGAAGGGAGUCUUGAUGUUUGCCCAACGCCGGAAACGGAUGGAUGAAAUUGUGUCAGAGCAUGAAGAACUGAAGAGUAAAGGAUUACCUGUAGAGGAACUAACAGAACCUGAAUGCACAGAAGCACAGAAUAUUUAUGACACUAAGGAAAUGUACAUGCAUACUGAUCAGGCAAACUACAUGGAUGCGAGUCACAAGCGUCAUGUAGAAUACCAAGAAAAUACUCAACAGAUGAACCAUUUAGCCAAUGUGCCAAGACCCUUGGUGCCAAACAGAACUGCGAAGCCCUUCCUAGGAUUUCAAGAUGGGACAACUGCUCCUGUCAUGCCUGGUGGCCUUGUUCCAGUGACAAAGAAGAACGAAUCGAGAUUCAAAGUACCUGUGGCUAUUAAUACUAACCCACAGGUUUGGUCCCCAACUGGAGACAUCAUAGCCUCAAGAGAUGAGCGAAUAUCUGUGCCUGCAAUUAAGACCGGAAUCCUACCAGAGUCAAAAAGGAAAGCAACUAUUAAAAAACCUUCAAUGCUAGCGCAAGAAUCAGAUCCUCACUUUCAAAACAAAGGGGGAAGGAGGUCUUAUAUUGAGUCAGAGGAAGACUGUUUUAGUCUUGGGGCUGAAGCGUGUAACUUUAUGCAACCCAGAACAAUAAAACUUAAGAAUCCCCCUCCAGUAGCCCCCAAACCUACCAUCAACCCUACCUGCCCACCUUGGAUAAGGAGGAGUCCUUCUGGUGAGCCAUAUAUUCCACCAAGAAGUCCGGUUUCACAACCUUCUCACAGUGCUGCGAGGCCUCAAAGUCAGCAUUACUUACAGCGGCAAGAUUGGGCUCAGCCUCAACAGUUGGCCAACCAUUGGGCGCCAGAUCAAACUCAGGCAACACUUCAAACACCCGCCCACGCCUGGGUUCCAGUCAAUUCCUCUUCUCAACUUCAUCUUCAGCCAACCACAAAUAGCUGGACUCAACAGCCACCACGAUGCCCUGUGAGUAUGCAGGCCCACAGUCCUACUUACAGCCCACAGCACCCACCUUCCCCCUCAAGGAAUAAGUCAGACAGUGUUCCAAACUCAGUUGCCUCUUGCCCACCACAAGCAGGGAAGUCAUACGUUCAUGCAUCAAAAGCAUGGCAAGCUUCUCCAAAGGGUCGAGUCUUGGAGAGAAGUAUUAAUCGGGCUGGUGAGGCUCCAGCUAUGGUAGGAAAAGGUGCAGAGUUGUUUGCAAAAAGACAGUCCCGUAUGGAGAAGUUUGUUGUCCAUGGUGAAACAGUGCAAACUAACAAAACAAGAUCACCCUCUCCAACCUUGUCCCUCCCUACCUCCUGGAGAUAUUCUUCCAAUAUUCGUGCCCCACCCCCUUUAUCAUACAAUCCCCUUCUUGCUCCUUUCUACCCUCCAUCAGCAGCCAAGCAACCCCCUUCCACAAGCCCCAAAAUCAAGCCUGAGACCAAAGAAAAACCUAAAGCAUCCCCAAAGCACCUAAAUGCCUUAGAUAUUAUGAAACAUCAGCCUUAUCAGUUGGACUCGUCACUGUUCAAGUAUGAUGCAGUCCCUGAAGCCAAAAACCCCAGCCCAAAACCAACUCCAGUGUCAAAGUUUGAGGUUACCAAAAGACUUAAACAUAGAUCUGCCUCUUUUCACUUUCCUUGUAAUGCCUCUGAGCUUGCUGUUCAGGGUAAGGCAGAAGCCCCUGCUAAGUCUCCUGGAUCGGUAAGUUCCCAAAAUUCUACUGCCCGCCAAAUCACAAGAUCAGCUGAGCCUCCUGCAACUGCCGCACACUUGGAUGAAAAGCACACUGUCACACCUGCAGCCCAUCACAUAACCAACAAGCGAGCACCAAGCGCCCGAUCCACCAGCACAUCAUCCCAGCAGUCAUCUACUGGUGACAGCAUAGCUUCAGCUUUUUCUCCUGCAUCUCUUAUUGCUAGAGGCGCACGUCAAAUGGCUCCUUGGCCAAAAUUUUCUGCUAAGAAGCCAGUAGUGAUGGGUAAAAAGUGGAGGCCUGUUGCAAUGCUUCAUUAGUUGUAAUGCUGUAUAUGGUCAAGCUUUGGUGUAAUCAACACUGAGAUGAUAGACCACACUUACGCCGCAGCGUGCUAACAUCUAAAAUGGUUUCCUUAAAUGUUGGAAAUGUAUAGACUUUUGCACUGUCUAAAUGUAGGCCACAUCCAAAAUCACUUACAGUAUUCAGCUAUAAAGAUAUAUUUAGCUGGCAACUUAAGGGAAACUUGAAAAAGCAGUUGAGUGAACAGCAAAGCUAGUUUAAAAUUGUGAUGAAUCAAUGGAAUACAAACUAAAAUAAAUACAUAUAAUAUUUAUAAAUAACUAAAUAAUUGUAACACAUUACAUCAUCUUCCUAAAACUUGGGAGGUGUAUGCCUGUUUCAAAAAGGAAAUGUGAGACUAAAUAAUGUUGAGUGAUUCCCAGGAAGUGCUAUUACAAGUGCAAUAAUGUGUGUAGAGAGCCUUGUUCAACUAAGGUCUCUAGUUUGAGUUGUUAUGUAGCAGUAGUCACCAAUGACCCCAAAACAACACACAACAAUAAUAUUUAUAAAUACACUUAUUUAUCAGAUUUAAAUUUAAGUCCAAAAUAUUCAUAAUUCUGUCAUCUGGGAUAAGAGUAACUCACUUUUACAAUUAAAUGUACACAAUAUUUUUGAAUCAUUUAGUGUG